AUGACGAACGCAGGUGAUGAGUUCCUUCUGACCGGACAUGCCUAUGUCAAAGGUAGAGCUUCCGGGAAACUGGUAGCCAGUAAUCUCGAGUUGAGUUUCUGGGGUGGUGUCAAUCCCCUCACGGGCGAAAUCAUCGAUCGGCACCAUGACUUGAGUGGAAAGCACCUUCGUGGGGCCGUCUUAGCCAUUCCUGCUGGUCGUGGCUCCUGCUCCGGGAGUACAGCCAUGUUGGAGCUCAUCCUCAAUGGAAUGUGCCCUAACGCAAUCCUUUUUGAAAGGCGUGAAGAUAUUCUUACGUUGGGUGUGAUGAUCGCAGAGGAGAUAUUCGGCAAAAACUUGCCAGUGAUAACUCUCGGCCCGGCAAAAUUCAAGGAGAUUCUCAAACAAGACGGUCGUUUUGUCUACGUCCAGGAUGGUAGUAUAUCCGACAAGGAACUUCCGGAACCUCUGAGCAUAGUGUCUCGAGACGAUGAUCUACGCUGUGGGGUACAGCUCUCAAGUCUCGAUCACAGCAUUCUUCAGGGUGCCUAUGGAGAGGCUUCCAAAGUUUCGAUGCGAAUUAUUCUGCGGAUGGCCGAGUUGUUAGGAGCACAGGAGCUAAUGGAUGUUACUCAAGUGCAUGUAGACGGAUGUGUCUACACAGGUCCAGGCUCGCUAUCAUUCGCGGAGAGACUCCGUGACCUCGGAGGCAAAGUCCGUGUACCCACCACUCUCAACUCCAUUUCCGUUGACCAAAAGCGAUGGCGCAAAUUGGGGGUCAAUCCGGCACCUGGCGAGGCCGCUGAAAAGCUGGGGAAGGCAUACACGGACAUGGGCGCCCGGCCCACGUUUACUUGUGCCCCCUACCUGCUCGAUAGCGCACCUAAGCUCGGUGAGCAAAUUGCUUGGGCAGAGUCAAACGCUGUUGUGUAUGCCAAUAGUGUUCUAGGAGCACGGACCAUGAAAUAUCCCGAUUUUCUCGAUAUUUCCAUUGCGCUCACUGGCCGAGCUCCCAAGGGCGGUCCGCAUGUUGAGGAGAAUAGGAAGGCUUCUUUGAUUGUCAUGCUAGGGUUCUCUUUGACUUCGGUUGAUGAUGCAUUCUAUCCGUUGAUAGGGUACCAAGUAGGCAUAUUGUCCGGUAGCCGUAUCCCAGCCGUAGUUGGUAUUGACUCACUGAAGCCAUCAAAUGAUGACCUCAAGGCAUUCGGUGCCAGCUUUGCGACUACAUCUAGCGCUCCAAUGUUUCACAUUGUCGGCGUUACUCCUGAGGCGCCAGAUCUAGAUGCAGUCAUAGGCAAAGGCCAAAACCACCCUCACUUCCAAGUUGACCUUGAUGAUUUGGUUAGUUGUUGGGAUAAGUUGAACAGCGCCUUGAGGAAUCCUCAGCCCGUCGAUCUAGUAUCCCUUGGUAACCCACACUUCUCGUUCGCUGAGGUGAAAAAGUUUGCCAAACUAUGCCGCGGCCAAGUGAAGAACAAGGAUGUGUCUGUGGUGAUAACUUGUGGUCGUUCAACCCAUUCAUUGGCAAGCCAGGCAGGUCUAAUCACCGAGCUCGAGGGGUUUGGUGUUCGCUUCCUCAACGAUACCUGUUGGUGCAUGAUUGAUGAGCCCAUCGUCUCCAGGGCCACAUCCAAUUCUAUUAUGACGAACUCGGGAAAGUAUUCUCAUUAUGGCCCAGGUAUCACGGGAAGACGUUUCUACUUUGAUAGUCUGGCUGGAUGUGCUGCGGUUGCUAUUCGGGGUGGCCAUGGAGGUUCAAAACCUCUAUGGCUGCGAUGA